UUGUGUAGUAGUUUAAACUACUUAGUUAUUCUUUGUUUACUACAUUCAAGUUAGUCUUUUAAUAAACAAAAAAUGUAUACGUGCCUUAAAUUAAUCGAUCCGGUCGUGAUAUGUCCUUACAAUAAAUCUCAUUUAAUUGCAAAAUCUCGCCUCCAGAUACACAUCGUUAAAUGUGAGAAGCAAUAUCCUGAAAAUUACAAAGUCAUGUGCCCAUACAAUGCAACUCAUCGUAUGUUUAAAACUGAAUUAGAAGAACAUAUCAUAACUUGUCCCACUCGUAGUGUAUCGGAGGCUGAAAUGUACUCAGAAACAAGGAACCAUGGCUCAAUAAACUUUCCAGUACCAUCAGAGAUUUCAAGUACUAUAGAUUGUACAGAAAAUUGGGAUUUGGAUGUAGACAAUUCUUAUACAACAACAGAUGAUAGAUGUAGUGUGAACAUUAGUUUUAUCUCAGAGAAAAGAACUGACAAUUCAAAUGUGAAAGUAGAUACUGAUGACAAAGAGGAAUUAAGAGCCCCUCGUGGCUAUUCUGAAGCUAUGCUGAGGGAGUCAAAUGAAGAAUCGUGUGUUGAAGAUGUUGAAUCAGUAAUCAGUUCUAUGGGUAUUGGAAGAGGAAAAAUUACUAAAGGAAGAGAAUUGUUGAAAAAGGUUGGAUUAGGUAGAGGCAGGCCUGUAAAUACAGAUUAGUUAACCAAAGUCUAAAUGAAUAUUUGAUAA